AUGCCCUCCCAAGACUUCACCCAAAUCCCCGUAAUCGACAUCUCAUCCCCCACUCCUCAAACGCUUUCUAAUCUCCGUACCGCCCUCGCAGAAAUCGGCUUCCUCUACAUCUCCAAUCACUCCGUCCCCACCUCCACAAUAACAUCCCUCGUCAACAUCCUCCCAGAACUCUUUUCCCUCCCCCCAGAAGCAAAACAAGAAAUCGCUUUAGAAAACUCCCCGCAUUUUCUAGGAUACAGCGCUGCCGGGACGGAAACUACAGCUGGGAAAGCUGAUCUGAGAGAACAAGUUGAGCUUGCGACGGAACUUGAGAGAGCGCCUGAUGGUGCGCCGCUGUAUGAUGGGUUGAGGGGGCCGAAUCAAUGGCCAUCUGGUCUUCCGGAGCUGAAGGGUGUUGUUACGCGGUAUAUUGAGGAACUCACACUACUGGGGGAACGAUUUCUUCGACUUGUUGCCCAAGCUCUUGAUCUUCCGGAAGAGAUCUUCUUCUCAUACCUUUCUGAUCAACAUCGGCUUAAAUUGGUUCACUACCCAGCUUCAACAACAUCAUCCCAAGGCGUCGGCCCGCACAAAGAUUCAUCAGGAUGGUGGACCUUCCUUCUCCAAGCAUCCCCCCAAGUAAACGGUCUUCAAGUCCUCAACAAAUCCGGCUCAUGGAUCGACGUCCCCGCCAUCCCGGACACUUUCGUCGUCAACAUCGGCCAAGCGUUUGAAGUCGUGACCAACGGGAUAUGCAAAGCGACGACGCAUCGCAAAUUUACAGCUCACAGCGGCAAUGUGUACUCAUGCAUCUUCAUCCCUCCAACCGCCCAGUCAACAACCCUUCUCUUUCUUCACGGCUUUCCAUCAACCCUCACAGACUGGGUCCAUCAAAUCCAACACUUCUCAUCCGAAGGAUACGGCGUCGUCGCUCUGGAUCUGCUCGGCUACGGUGAAAGUAGCAAGCCAACAGAUGUAAACGCGCACCGUCUCAAGCCGAUGAGCGAUGAGGUCAUUGAGCUGCUCGACCAUUUGGACCUGAAGACCGUUGUUGGAAUUGGCCAUGAUUUCGGCGCGACGCUUUUAUCGAGAAUGGCGGCUUAUCAUCCCUCGCGCUGGGAAGCUCUUGUAUUUCUGGCUGUUGGUCCGCCGAGGCUUGGGACGCCGUUCGAUGUCGACAUGAUCAAUACCAUGACCAAGCAGUUUCUGGGGUAUGAGAUGCUCGGAUACAUCCCAUGGCUAGCCGAUUACAGGUCGCAGGAAAUUCUCGAGAAGAACGCUGAAGCGGCGAUGAGUCUGAUGUUUUGUCGCGAUCGGGAAGAAUGGGAGACGUGGUUUCAUCCUGUGGGCAAGAUGGAUGAUUUUGUGCGUGAAGAUCGCAGACUUCCCAUCGCAUUGUGGUAUACCGAAGAUUUGCAGAAAGCACAUCUAAAGGCAUUCGGCUCGCAUGAUGGGUAUAAAGGCGUGUGUCGAUGGUAUCGCAUGUGGAAAGACAACCUCUUCGCUCCUGACGAACAAGGUUUUGAAGACUUUCACAUCUCACAACCCGUUCUCUUCAUCGUUCCAUCAGAGCCCGAGCAAUCCGCUGCCCAACAGCAGCAAAUGCUUUCAUCAUGGACCCCCAAUCUCCAAACCGUCAAGCUAAACACCAGUCACUGGAUCCAUAUCCAAGCUCCCUCCGAAACCAACACCACGAUCCAGAACUUCCUCACCUCACGCAGAGAGACUUAA